AUGCAAUCACUCGUCCUUCCCCCUACAGCCCUCACCAGCACACAAUUUGGACAUCCAAGGUUCAGUUCAGCCUCCGAACGGCUUGCUCUUAAUUACACGCUACCGACAAAUGCUCGUCUGUGCAAUCCUCGGGAUCUUCCACCCGUUCACCCUAUGUCCAGUUCGGUCCCGGCAGAAGACCCGCUGGAGACUUCUCGACACGUCAGACCGCCGCCUCAUACAACAGGACUGCCAACAGUUACGGCUGUGCCAGUGACCGCGCCCGCAGUGACAACGGCGCCUGUCUCAGAGACGGCUCUGGCGUCGGGAUCUUCAGGCGCAACGACAGGCCAUACUUCAGCAUUCCAACAAUAUGUGGCCCAGACCACUAGAGAAGAGAUACGACCGCCAUUCAUCUUCAAUGAAAGCGUCCCUGGUUCCCAAGCACCGCUGGGGACCACCGAACAACGAGCAGCACACGAGCCCUCGACGACCUUUCCAUCCUCAACUUUCGGAAUCUCACCGACUGGCACAGCUACUAGAGCACUGCUGCCAAAAGGGACGAGGCGCACUAAAGCUCACGUUGCAUCGGCGUGUGUUAACUGCAAGAAAAAGCAUCUAGGGUGCGACCCUGCCCGGCCUUGUCGAAGGUGCCUCUUGUCGGGAAAGGAGGCAACUUGUGUUGAUGUUACGCAUAAGAAAAGAGGAAGACCGCCACUGAAGGCUGAGGAUGCGUCUCUCAGGACGUACACAUCACAGGCAGAGAAUGCGGGGACAUCUGGAGAGCAGCAGCCCCCUCUAGCCAGACGCACUCAUACGCAUAGGUCCACCGGCUCCCGCGAAAUUCGACCUGUGACAGACCUUCAGAUGCCUGGUACUCAACACGGGACAGUUGGGUUUAGGGCUCCGCCAGGUCACCCUCACAGGUGGUCGACUUCCGUAUUCCCCCAGGUUGUGGAUCCCUCAAUAUCGAUGCAGGCAAACCUUGGACAUAGGCGAUUUUCUUCUUCUGGUUCCAUACCACAGAUGACAGCCGCGACACAGUCGGGUUUUAUGCCCCUCACAAGUGGUUUCAGUCCUGCGCUCAAUCUCGGUCGCGCGCCAAUGGGCGCAGGAAGGGCUCUUUCUUCAUAUUCUCACCAGGGACUACCUCCUACCACUUCUCCACCGCAAUAUCAGCAACCAUUCGGUGUGCCCAUGCCGCCAUACACAGCACAUCGGUUGAGCGAUCCUUACCCAGCAGUGUGGUCGCCUCGGCUCCGUGAGGAGCUGAUGCAGUCACAACCACAACAGCAGACUGGCGGCUCGUCGCCGCACAGUUUUAUGGAGCCAAUAUCUCCUGCAGCGCAAACGCGUCACGCAGCGCUCGAACACGGCCACGGAGAAGUAGGGUCGCAACAAUCCAAUUCAAUUGUACAAGGAGCACAAACUCUUUCAGUGCAGUCGUCUCCAGCUCGUCCUCGGGAUGAACAACCCGCUGGGGGACCCGAAACAGGCGAAUCCAGGCCCGCGAAGAGGCGAAAGAUGGCCUUGGAUGAUAUGGUGAACGACUGA